AUGUUGCUCACGCUACUAACUUCCCUCACACUGCUCCUGGGCUCAGCUCUUGGAGUAGUGACUCAAGUAGGCACAGCAUGUACCGUAACACCUCUCUCCUCCGACUCCAGCGCGUCGGGAACCAUCGACGACACGUCGCAAAUCCUAGCAGCCUUCAAGUCCUGCGGCAAAGAUGGCAGCAUCUCAUUCUCUGAUGGCAUCUACCACAUCAACCAGGUAAUGGACAUAACACUCACCAACUGCGACGUCGUUCUCCGCGGGACGUGGAUCUGGAGUACCGAUAUCCAGUACUGGCUUUCGCAUUCCAUUUCAGUCGUCUACGCGGGCCGCAGCACAGCGUGGAGAAUCGGUGGGGAUAAUUUUAGUAUCAGGGGCGAGGGAGUGGUGUUUGAUGGGAAUGGACAGAAGUGGUAUGAUCAGAACAAAAAUCAGGGGAACCAGAAUGGGAGGCCGAUUUCGUUUACGCUGUGGAAUGCGAAGAAUGCGUUGGUGGACGGGAUUACGUGGAGACAGGUCCAGUUUUGGCAUACAUUUAUUGCGCACUCGCAGAAUAUAACGAUGACAAAUUUGGAUAUGAAUGCGACUUCGAAUUCGCAAUACAAAACGGUGAAUACCGAUGGGACCGAUACUUGGAACUCGAAGGAUAUUGUGAUUUCCAACUGGACUGUGACAUGUGGAGACGAUUGCAUCUCAAUCAAGGGAAACAGCAGCAAUGUCCAUGUGAGCAACGUCGUGUGCCACGAAUCUGGUGGGAUGUGCGUCGGCAGCAUCGGUAAAGAUGCCGGGACGCCAGAUUUCGUCGAUGAUAUUGUAUUCGACAACAUAACACUCAUCCACAGCAGCAACGCUGCGUGGAUCAAGACGUAUCCCAGCGGAGGAGGACAUGUCCGCAACGUGCUGUUCAAGAACAUCCAGUUCACUGACGUCAAUCAACCAAUCUAUAUCUCGCCCUGUAUCUAUUCGUAUUCCAACUGUGAUGCCUCGAGGCUGCAGAUCUCGGAUGUGAGGUGGGAGAAUAUUUCGGGGACGGCGAGGUAUAAUGUCGGUGCUGGGAUUCAUUGCAGUGCUGCUGCUGUUUGUCAGAACCUGACUUUUGAGAAUAUUGAUAUCAAGCAGAAGAGUGGUGCUGCGGUGGAGUAUCUGUGUUCGAAUAUUGCGAACCAGAAGACGUCUGGGCUGGCGUGUACGGGCUCUUGUCCUGGGAAUCAACCCCAGCAGCUGAAUCAUAAUUGA